AUGAGCCCGGUCGUUGCAUCAUCUACGCCAAGCCAAACACCCGAGGCUCUACCGUGGACCCUUUCCUGCAGCAGCUGCGACCCCGAUCAGAAAAGUGCUGCCGCAGGGACAGUGAGGCCGAAGGGCACACCCGUCUUUAAAUAUGAAAGCGCGUCUCAGAUGGAAGCCGCAGCCUGCUCUGUCAAUGAUGGGAGUGGCGGGUACUGCGUAUUUCAUGAUGUUGCAGAGAGUCUUAUCCUCCUCGACGGCAGACAGGGAAUCAAGAAAAGAGAAUAUUUUCCGAUGUCUAAAAUUUUAAUUGCAGAAAUGGUAACAAAGCCCCAUGAAGUAGCCACAGGAUGGCUUCAGGAUGAAAUAAGCACCGAAAUCUCAUCAAUGGGCAUGAGGUUUCAUGCAUAUCUCAUGAGCAUUGGCUCUGCAGCUAUUGAGCACAAGGAGCCAGACUACGCCGUCCAACCGCUUAAUCUCCCCGCAGGGAGGACACCCAAAUGGCCAACCCUCGUUGUGAAAACAGGAAAAUCGCAAAGGCAUAGUGACCUUGACAGGGUUGCGAAACAGUGGAUUCAGAAAUCCGCUGGCGAUGUGAAGGUGGUCCUUACCGUCCAGGUGUCUCGAACCAAGCUCACGGUUCGAAGAUAUGGCCGCUCGGGAAUCACAGGGGCGGCGGUCCUCCAAACCAUCACCGUCGAGAAACGUGGGCAGAAAAGCCCUGUUCGUAUAACCGGCGGCCCUUUGAUCAUUCCCUUCACCGACCUUUUUCUUCGAACCGCAGUCGGGAACCAGGCUGACAUCAUAUUUAACAACACCGAGUUAGAGGAGUGGGCGAACUUUGUUUGGAAAACCUUUUAA